AUGACCCCUUUUGUCUUGACCCUCGAGCCCAAGAUUUGGACCAAAGGACCAUACCUGAUAUCCACGGAUGCAUCCUUGAUCCCCGUUCAAGAAUUGAAUGCUUGGUUUUCAACCCAGGAGAUCUACUGGGCGAAACCGAUGCCCGAGCAAUUCAUGCGCGAAACUCUCCAAAGGUCCCUAUGUUUUGGCAUGUACCACAGCUCGGAUGCGGAAUGUCCACGUACAGAGAAUGAGAGCGCCGAAGGACGAGACUUCAUUGGCAUUGCACGGUGUAUCACAGACUUUACGACAUUCAUCUACUUGACGGACGUUUAUAUUCUGCCCUCGCACCAAGGUUGUGGGCUGGGUACGUGGCUUAUGCAAUGUGUGCAGGAGGUUGUUGAAUCCAUGCCGUACUUGAGACGCUCACUGCUGUUUACGGGGGAUUGGAAACGAUCUGUACCUUUCUAUGAGAAGGUUUUGGAUAUGGAGGUGCACAAAUGUAUACCACCAACUGAUGGGAAGGAUGGCGAAGGGUUGGCGGUUAUGAUGCGGAAGGGUAGAGGGAACCCUACUUACAAGGAGAAUAGCUUGCGAUCUUGA